AUGUGUGCGAGUUCCGACCGUGUGGGCACGUUUUUGUUCUAUGGGCAUCAAACGGGUGAUCGUGAGAAGAAAAGACAAACGCUCCAGUCUUUCCCGGCGUCUUAUGAUGCUGACUUGUUCGAACAAAGUGAUCAACUUUUCCGACCCUACCUCAUAGCAAAACCAACACUAGGUGACGCUAUCAAUCUCGGUGUACAUAUGUUGCUCGUUUGCAACUGUUAUGUAGGACCGGUUCCGGUCAGUCGACGUGUGCACGCUAUGGUGGUCGACACGAGCAACCCGAAAAGAAGUUCCGGCAAUUUAUGCCUCUCCAAUCUGAUGGAUCAUGAACAACGGUAG